GCGUGUUGUGCUUUCUGCCGUCUCUUGUCUUGUCAUCGACCUGUAUUCGAAGCGAAUCGCAGCUAGACGGCCGGGCACAGGGGAGGUGGUCGCCGGCGCGGAGCAACGAUAGCACGGCUCGGCUCGGCUCGGCUCGCUCGUGAAAAUAUCCCGGCAUGCCAGCGACGCAGCGCUCCGCCGGGGAGGGAGGGAUGAUGGAGCUAAGAUGGCAGCCCAACUGAGGGUGCUGCCGCUCCGGGGUCAAGACGCACAGGGACGAAUCGAAGCCCACACUCGACACGGCGGCGUUCGGAAAUAAGCGCUGUUUCUGCCGUUCUGCGAGGGGACCGGCGAUGGCCUGAGAGGACGUGUUUUCAGGGGGCGACCACCGUGCUGACGCUGUGGCCGGAUCGGGAGACUGUAGCGCCACCACAGAGCCUGCAAUUUGCGCUUAUAAUAACCGGGGACCGUGGAUAGUAAUCGUGGUAUUACUGCAACUCGGAAGGGACAUCUCGGGUGAAAUGUGGCGGAUUUAAUGACAGCUGCCUCGCGUCUGAUGGCUGGAUAUCAUCCAGCUGUGGUGUCUUUUGUGUGAUAUAUGCAUUGUUCUCCAAAACGAUGAUGUGUGCUGCUGCGGCAGCGGCUGCCGGUGGAGGGAUUCUGCCCUCCUCAUCGCCGUCGAUGGGGCUGGGUGUCAGGGUCAUUUCUGGAGCAGGAGCCGAUCUCUCCAACGUCGGUUCGGGCAUGGGUCCAUGUCCGACACCCGGAGCCCAGUCGGACUGUCGGACUCGGUACCAGCUUUUACUCUCAGGGCGAGCGCUGGCGGAAAGAUACAGGCGGAUUUAUACAACCGCUAUCAACGAUAAAGAGCAGGGGAUAAAUCAAGGAAGGGGGAAGAAAGCUUUGAGCAAGAAAAAGCUGAAAAGACGACAGAAGAUCAAAUCAAAAGUCAAGUCAAGAACAAAGGCUGAGAGUCUAGAUGGAGCUCUCUGCGUGCCGGACAUCAAGCUGCACAGCAACCCGUCUGCAUUCAACGUCUACUGCAAUGUGCGACACUGCGUCCUGGACUGGCAGCAGAGGGAGGCCUCCCUAGCGCUGGCCUCCAGGAGCUCUGUGCAGAGCGGCGACUCCGACAGCGAGGAGGAGGAGGAGUACCGCGAGCCAGCCGUGAAGCUGCCAAAGAUCAUCGGCAUUGGUCUGUGUGGUGUGUUCGAGCUGAUAAAAGAGACGCGGUUCUCUCACCCAACGUUGUGCCUGCGUAGCCUGCAGGCCUUGCUGGACAUGCUGCAGGGACAACAGCCGGAGGGUUUCCAGACCGAGCCUCCUGAUGUGCUAGAAUCUCUCUUCCAGUUGUUGUUGGAGACCACAGUCAGGAGCACGGGGCCCAACGACCCGACAGGCCAGGCCAUCACUGCCCUGUCAUGUGCCUGUCUCUUUAGCCUGGUGGUCGCCUGGGGAGACACUGGCAAAAUCCUACAGGCCGUUUCUGCUAUCCUCACCAACAACGGCAGCCAUGCCUGCCAGACCAUACAGGUGCCCACCAUCCUGAAUGCGUUGCAGAGGAGUGUCCAGGCUGUGCUGGUGGGAAAGAUUCAAAUUCAGGAUUGGUUUGGAAAUGGCAUAAAGCGUGCAGCCCUGAUGAACAAGUGGGUCCUGAAGGAGGUGUCCAUUGAUGAAGAUGAGCGCUGCCUUCUACAGACGGAUGGCUCCUUCCUAUACUUGCUUUGUAAGGACGGACUUUACAAAGUAGGCUCUGGAUACAGUGGCACCGUUAGGGGCCAUGUAUACAACUCCACAUCUCGAAUCAGGAAUCGAAAGGAGAAGAGAUCAUGGUUGGGCUUUGCUCAGGGCUACUUGUUAUAUCGAGACACAAGCAACCACAGCAUGUCUGCCAUCAAGAUCAAUCCUGAGACCCUGGAGCACGAAGGGACUGUCACCAUGCCAGGUCAACACUCAGACGGACAAAACAUCAUCUUCACUGAUGGGGAGUACAUCAAUCAGAUUGCAGCCUGCAAAGAUGAUGGUUUUGUGGUGCGGAUCUAUACUAUGAGUUUGGACCCAGCCCUGCAGCAGGAACUGCAGCUGAAGCUGGCAAGGAAAUGUCUUCAUGCCUGCGGCAUCUCUCUCUUUGACCUCGAGAAGGAUCUGCACAUCAUCAGCACAGGCUUUGAUGAAGAGGCAGCAUUGCUUGGAGCAGGCAGGGAGUUUGCUCUAAUGAAAACCGCCUCAGGAAAGAUCUACUACACAGGAAAAUACCAGAGCCUGGGUAUAAAGCAGGGAGGGCCAUCAGCAGGAAAAUGGGUGGAACUGCCCGUCACUAAAUCUCCUAAGAUUGUUCAGUUUUCCGUCGGCCAUGAUGGUUCUCAUGCCCUGCUAGUAGCUGAAGAUGGAAGUGUGUUCUUCACAGGCUCUGCCAGCAAGGGAGAGGAUGGCGAGUCUACUAAAAGUCGCAGGCAGCCCAAACCAUACAAGCCCAAAAAGAUGAUCAAAGUGGAGACCAAGACAGCAGUGUACACAGCAUGCAACAAUGGCAGCAGUAGCAUUGUCACCAAGGAUGGGGAGCUCUACAUGUUUGGCAAAGAUGCAAUUUACAGUGACAGCACAUGCCAGGUUACAGACCUUAAAGGUCACUUUGUAACUCAGGUCGCCAUGGGAAAGGCCCACACAUGUGUUCUGACAAAAAGUGGGGAGGUGUGGACAUUUGGGGUGAAUAACAAAGGCCAGUGUGGCAGAGACACUGGAGCAAUGAGUCAGACAGGGAAGGCGUUUGGCGUGGAGAGCAUGGCCACAGCAAUGGAUGAAGACCUGGAGGACGAGCUGGAGGAAAAGGAAGAGAAGAGUAUGAUGUGCCAGCCGGGCAUGCAUAAAUGGAAGCUGGACCAGUGCAUGGUGUGCACAGUGUGUGGGGACUGCACAGGUUAUGGUGCAAGCUGUGUCAGCAGUGGGAGACCAGACAGAGUACCAGGAGGUAUCUGUGGCUGUGGGUCUGGAGAGUCUGGGUGUUCAGCAUGUGGCUGUUGCAAGGCCUGUGCUAGAGAGCUUGAUGGCCAGGAGGCCAGGCAAAGAGGCAUUUUUGAUGCGGUGAAGGAGAUGAUUCCGCUGGACCUGCUUUUAGCUGUACCUGUCCCUCCCCCUCCAGGAGUGAACAUCGAGGAGCACAUUCAGAUUCGUCAGGAGGAGAAACGGCAGAGGAUCAAUCGUCGGCACAGACUGGAAGAAGGCCGAGGCCCCCUUGUUUUUCCUGGUCCCAUUUUUAUGAACCAGCGUGAGCAGGCCCUAGCCAGAAUAAGACCCCUUCAGGCACUAAGGCAUAAACGGGACAAGCACAAAGAUGGGAGCAGUGAGCGCGGAGAGAAGGACGCCAGCAAAAUCACCACCUACCCCCCAGGAGCAGUGAGAUUUGACUGUGAGCUGCGUGCUGUGCAGGUCAGCUGUGGAUUUCACCAUUCAGUGGUGUUGAUGGAAAAUGGAGACGUCUAUACAUUUGGUUAUGGCCAACACGGACAGCUUGGACAUGGGGAUGUCAACUCCAGGGGUUCUCCAUCACUGGUGCAGGCCCUUCCAGGCCCAAGUGUCCAGGUGACAGCAGGCAGUAACCACACAGCUGUUCUUCUCAUUGAUGGGCAGGUCUUUACAUUUGGCAGUUUCUCGAAAGGGCAGCUGGGACGGCCCAUCCUUGACAUGCCCUACUGGAAUGCUAAGCCAUCUCCCAUGCCCAACAUUGGUGCCAAAUAUGGACGAAAGGCUACGUGGAUUGGAGCCAGCGGUGACCAGACGUUCCUGCGGAUCGAUGAGGCUCUUAUCAAUUCCCAUGUUCUAGCUACUUCAGAGAUCUUUGCCAGCAAGCACAUUAUUGGCCUUGUACCCUCCUCCAUUUCUGAGCCGCCUCCGUUUAAAUGCCUGCUCAUCAACAAAAUGGACGGAAGCUGCAGAACCUUUAGUGACUCUGAGCAGGAAGACCUGCAGGGGUUUGGCCUCUGCCUAGACCCUGUGUAUGAUGUUAUAUGGAGGUUUUUGCCAGCUUCAAGAGAGAUGUGGUGCUACAAUGCAGUGAUAGCCGAUGCUCGAAUGCCCUCUGCCACAGAUCUACAGUCUCGCUGUAGCAUCCUGAGUCCAGAACUUGCGUUGCCCUCAGGUUCACAUGCUACAACCACUCGUUCUCACGGAGCGCUCCACAUCCUGGGUUGCCUGGAUACACUGGCAGCCAUGCAGGAGCUGAAGAUGGGGGUAGCCAGUGCAGAGGAAGAGACCCAGGCUGUAAUGAAGGUCUACUCCAAAGAGGACUACAAUGUGGUGAACCGCUUUGAGAGUCAUGGUGGAGGAUGGGGAUACUCAGCCCACUCCGUGGAGGCCAUUCGCUUCUGUGCCGACGCAGACAUCCUGCUGGGCGGACUUGGCCUGUUUGGAGGACGAGGAGAGUACACCGCCAAGAUCAAGCUUUUUGAGCUGGGACCUGAUGGAGGCGACCAUGAGACAGACGGCGAUCUGCUGGCUGAGACUGACGUACUGGCAUACGACUGUGCUGCCAGGGAGAAAUAUGCCAUGAUGUUUGAUGAACCGGUGCUGCUGCAGCUGGGCUGGUGGUAUGUGGCAUGGGCCAGAGUGUCUGGUCCCAGCAGUGACUGUGGCUCCCAUGGACAGGCCACCAUCACCACCGAUGACGGCGUUGUCUUUCAGUUUAAAAGCUCUAAGAAGUCAAACAAUGGUACAGAUGUUAAUGCUGGUCAAAUACCUCAGCUACUUUACAGGCUGCCUUCAAAUGAUGGCAAUGCAUCUAAAGGAAAGCAGCAGACCAGUGAACCGGUCCAUAUCCUUAAGCGCUCGUUUGCUCGGACUGUCUCUGUGGAGUGCUUUGAGUCUCUGCUGAGCAUCCUUCACUGGAGCUGGACCACCUUGGUGUUGGGUGUGGAGGAGCUGCGUGGGCUGAAGGGCUUCCAGUACACAGCCACCCUGCUGGACCUGGAGAGACUGCGCUUCGUUGGCACAUGCUGCCUCCGUCUUCUUAGGGUCUACAUCUGUGAGAUCUUCCCUAUUGCCGCCAGCACCAAAGCUGUAGUGGAGGAGUCAAGCAAGCUGGCAGAGUGUGUGGGAAAGACACGCAGCUUGCUGAAGAAGAUCCUGUCAGAAGGGAUGGACAACUGCCUGACCAAGCUGGACAAUGACCCUCAGGGCUACUUGUCUCAGCCUCUCACUCUGCUUGAAGCUGUGUUGCAGGAGUGCCACAACACCUUCACCGCCUGCUUCCACUCCUUCUACCCAACGCCGGCUCUGCAGUGGGCCUGCCUCUGUGACCUGCUCAAUUGCUUAGACCAGGACAUUGCUGAAGCCAACUUUCGCACAUCCAGCAGCCGCCUGCUCGCUGCUGUAAUGUCAGCUUUAUGCAACACCUCAGUGAAGCUGACGUCCAUCUUGCCCAUUGCAUAUGAUGGGGAGGUGCUGCUGAGAUCACUAGUCAAACAAGUCAGCACAGAGAAUGACUCUGCCCUUGCUCACCGCUUCCCCCUGCUGGUGGCUCAUAUGGAGAAGUUAAGCCACACGGAGGAGAAUUUGAUGGGUAUGACCAGUUUCCGGGAGGUACUGGAGAAAAUGCUGGUGAUUGUGGUGCUGCCAGUGAGAAAGAGUUUGAGGAAGGAGGUGGAGUUGUUCUCUCCUCACCUGGUCUCCAACACCUGUGGUCUCCUGGCCUCUAUCGUGUCCGAGCUCACAGCCUCUGCCUUGGGCUCUGAGGUUGAUGGGCUGAACUCGCUCCACUCUGUAAAAGCAUCUCCUAACCGCUUCACCAAGACGAGCCAGGGCAGGAGUUGGAACACGGGCAACGGCUCUCCGGACGCCAUCUGUCUGACGGUGGACAAGCCAGGCAUUGUGCUAGUGGGUGUCUGUGUCUAUGGAGGCGGGGGCAUCCACGAGUACGAACUGGAGGUGUUGGCCGAUGAUGCGCAGACAGAACACCCUGGAGACUCAGCACAUUCUCACAGGUGGACGUCUCUUGAGCUGGUCAAGGGCACCUACAGCACUGAUGAUUCUCCUAGUGACAUUGCAGAGAUUCGCCUGGACAAAGCUGUACCACUCAAGGAAGGGGUGAAGUACGCUGUCCGACUGAGGAACUACGGUAGCAGGACUGCUAACGGUGAUGGAGGUAUGACCACAGUGCAGUGCUCUGAUGGAGUGUCCUUCACCUUUAGCACCUGCAGCUUAAGUAGCAACGGGACAAACCAAACCAGAGGACAGAUCCCUCAGAUUCUCUACUACAGGAGUGAGUAUGAUGGGGACCUUCAGUCUCAGCUGCUCAGCAAAGCCAACGAGGAAGACAAGAACUGCAGCAGAGCCCUGUCUGUUGUCAGUGCUGUGGUCAGAGCUGCUAAGGACCUGCUUCACAGGGCAUUUGCUGUUGAUGUGGAUGACAUUCCUGAGUUAUUAAGCUCCUCCAGUCUGUUCUCAAUGCUUCUACCCCUCAUCUUGGCCUACAUUGGUCCAGUAGCAGCAUCUGUGCCGAAGGCUGCUGUUGAGGUCUUUGGACUGGUUCAAGAGUUGCUGCCUGCUGUCUCUGCCCUCAACCAAAAAUAUGCACCACCCACCUUCAAUCCAAAUCAGUCCACAGACAGUACAACUGGCAACCAGCCUGAGCAGGGCCUGUCAGCUUGUACCACUUCAAACCACUACUCAGUAAUCGAAAGUGACCAUCCUUACAAGCAAGCCAGUGUCACACAAUACCGGGUAUCUUUCCCAGAUUGUGUCAGAUGGACCACCAUUGAGUUUGAUCAACAGUGUGGCACUGCCCAGCCAGAGGAUGUCCUCCGUCUGCUCAUCCCCAGCCGAACCCUCCAUCUGUCCAGUCUGGGGAGCAAACCGCUGAUCCAUGACACCAUCAACACCUGGACUGAGCUCAAGAAGUUUUCCGGCUCCACAGGGUGGCCGACAACUGUACUGGUGCUGCCAGGGAAUGAAGUUUUGUUCUCCCUGGAAACUGCCUCUGAUUACGUUAAAGAUGAGAAAGCUUGCUUCUACGGCUUUAAGUGUGUGGCUGUGGGAUAUGAAUUCAACCCAGGUCCAGAUGAGGGAAUUAUACAACUAGAGAAAGAGCUGGCCUACCUGGGCAGUGUGUGUGCUGCUGCUCUGAUGAAGAAAGACCUGGCCCUCCCUAUAGGCAAUGAAUUGGAGGAGGAUCUUGAGAUUCUUGAGGAAGCCUCUCUGCAGGUGUGCAAGGCCCACUCAGGGAUCCUGGGGAAGGGUCUGGCUUUGUCUCACUCUCCCACCAUCCUGGAGGCCCUGGAGGGCAAUCUGCCGCUGCACCUUCAAACCAACGAGCACUCUUUCCUCGAGGACUUCAUCACCUGUGUACAGAACUCGAGCGGGGGUCGUCUAGCCAGGUGGCUGCAGCCAGAUUCUUAUGCAGACCCCCAGAAGACGUCUCUGAUCCUAAACAAAGAUGACAUACGCUGUGGAUGGCCCGCUACCGUGGUCGUUCAGACCAAAGACCAGUAUGGAGAUGUGGUUCAUGUUCCCAACAUGAGGGUGGAAGUCAAGGCAGUACCUGUUUCCCAAAAGAAGUCUAUGCAGCCUGACAAUGUGAAGAAGCUCCAGCGGCUCCCUGGAAGCUCGUCCCCUUCAUCCACGGGCCCUGACCUAACCUUUGGAGGUCUGCCAGUGCCGAAGCUGGAGGCCACAUAUGAGCCCAUGAUUGUCAAAGAGGCUCGAUACAUCGCUAUUACUAUGAUGAAGGCAUAUGAAAACUACUCAUUUGAAGAGCUUCGCUUUGCCUCCCCCACCCCAAAGAGACCCAGUGAGAACAUGUUAAUUCGUGCCAAUACUGAUGGAACUUACAGCGCCAACUGGACUCCAGGAGCAGUAGGCCUCUAUACAAUCCACGUCACCAUUGAUGGCAUUGAAACAGAUGCUGGUUUAGAGGUGGAAGUCAAGGACCCACCCAAAGGCAUGAUUCCACCUGGAACACAGAUGGUUAAACCUAAGGCUGAACCGCAGCCUAGCAAGUCUCCAUCUCCCCUUUGCCUCUCUCAGGUCCGUAAAUUUGUGUCCAAGGACAGCGCAGGCCUGCGUGUGCGUAGUCACCCCUCGCUGCAGAGUGAACAGAUAGGCAUAGUGCAUGUCAAUGGCACCAUCACUUUCAUUGACGAGAUCCACAAUGAUGAUGGUGUGUGGCUCAGGCUGAAUGAUGAAACAGUAAAGAAGUAUGUUCCCAGCAUGAAUGGGUACACUGAAGCCUGGUGCCUCUCUUUUAACCAGCACCUGGGCAGGAGCCUACUGGUCCCAGCCGACAAUGUCUUUAAUGCUAGCCAAGGAGUCAGGGAUAUCGGCUUUUUGUCGUGGACCCCCUUAACUAUAUUUCCACCACAGGAGGUCAGGGGCCAGUUGGAGGAGAACUUAAAGGAGGUGAGCAGCUGUCCUUCCCAAGAGGCCCCCGUUCGGGCGCAGAGCAGGGCAGGGCAGGGCGGCGGCCCGGGGCUUUAUAAGGUAGUGAAGACCGGCCCCUCUGGUCACAACAUCAGAAGCUGCCCAAACCUUAGGGGUAUCCCCAUUGGAAUGUUAGUACUUGGCAACAAGGUCAAGGCCAUAGGCGAGGUGGUGAACUCAGAGGGGACCUGGGUCCAGCUGGAUAAGAACAGCGUUGUGGAGUUCUGUGAGAGUGAUGAAGGAGAGGCUUGGUCAUUGUCCAGAGACCGUGGAGGAAACCAGUACCUACGUAAUGAUGAAGAGCAAACGUUGCUGGAGCAUGGGGCCCAGACCCCGCCACCCAGCCCUUUUUCUGUGCAGGCCUUCAACAGAGCCACAACUUCAAACGGGGCCCAGGGCUUUGACUACGGCAUCUCCAACAACAAAGGUGACCGGUUGAGUGCCAUACUGAAUUCCAUUCAGUCUGGGCCUUUCCUCUCAGCAGCUCCCUCCUCCUCCGUAUUUGAGCAAGCCGCCCAACCUCCCUCCUCCUCUUCCCUUGUCCACAGCCCAUUUGUGUUUGGACAAUCCCCCUCCCAACUGUCUCAGCCACAGCCACAGCUUCUGACUGUAGAUGAUUCAACACGCAGCCUUGCUUCUCGUGAGCGUGUGCACAAAAGCAGUGUGUCCGUGGCUGGGCAUGGCACUGCUCUGUCAUCUCUCGCUCUAAAGCAAAAGGGUGAACGUGGAAAUCUGAUGUCCAGUGGGCGACCAAUGUCCCCAGCUUCCAAACACCGUCAGGAGAAUCGCUUGCCUAAGCAGGAGGGUCGGGGCAGCCGCUCUGAACACAGCAGAACCAAGAUGAAUGAGGCUGGACUCUCAGCCAGCGAAGCCCUCAUCCUGCGGUCAGACACGGCCAAGCUGAGGUCUGACUCUCACAGCCGCUCACACUCGCCCAAUCACAACACUCUGCAGGCUCUGAAGGCAGAUAGUAGGACCUCAGGACAUCGGGCCGAGUCUCCAAAUUCUGGUUCUCGCUCCUCUUCUCCCAAACAAAAAGGCCUGUCCAGCUCUUCAGGCAGGUCUAGUCCUUCCAGCACCUCCUCCCCCCAGCACUCCUCUUCAACCCACCAUGACAAGAACUUCCCUCCGAAAGUUAGUCCAUCCUCCAAAGCCAGGCUGGACCCUCCCCGAGAAAGGUCCAAAUCAGAUUCAUACACUCUGGACCCGGACACGCUUAGAAAGAAGAAAUUACCGCUUACGGAACCAAUUCGGGGACGAUCUACCUCCCCCAAACCAUGUGGGAAAGAUUCAGAUAAAGGUGUCACCAAUAAUGCAGAAAACCGGGUUCCUUCUCCACAUGUAACUCAAGAAAACCUCCACAGUGAAGUAGUUGAGGUUUGCACCUCUAGUGCUCUCCUCACGAACGAGGAUGUCAAUGACGAGAACGUGGAGGUCCGAAACACUGAAGAGGGCUCGUCUAAGGUUCACUUUAGUAUUGGGAAAGCCCCUGUCAAAGAGGAGCUGGAGAGUCGCUCUUCACCUAAAGUCAGCCGCAAAACCUCCAGCCGUCACACCCGCCCUAAAAAGGACAAAUCUGGGCCUCUGUUUAAAGGCGAAAGCACGUCAAGGACUACAGAACCUGCCAAACAGGCUAUGUCACCUUCUGUGGCUGAAUGUGCACGAGCAGUCUUUGCAGCAUUCCUUUGGCAUGAAGGUAUUGUCCAUGAUGCCAUGGCUUGCUCCUCCUUCCUGAAGUUCAAUCCAGACCUAACCAAAGAGCAUGCCCCGAUCCGCAGCUCCCUGGGAGGACAGGGCGCUGAGGAAAAGGAGAGCAAGUUAAAGAACCGUCACUCACUAGAGAUUUCCUCUGCACUGAACAUGUUCAAUAUUGCUCCACAUGGUCCUGACAUCUCCAAAAUGGGAAGCAUCAACAAAAACAAGGUACUGUCCAUGCUGAAGGAACCUCCACUGCCUGAGAAAUGCGAGGAUGGAAAAGAGCUGGUUUCCUAUGACAUGACCUCUCAUCCCUCUAUGAGGGCGAAGUCAAUCUUACCAUUAACUCUGCAGCAUUUGGUGGCGUUCUGGGAGGACAUAUCGAUGGCCACCAUCAAAGCAGCAACUCAGAACAUGAUCUUCCCCAGCCCGGGGUCUAGUGCAAUCCUAAAAAAGAAGGAGCAUGAGAAAGAUAGCAAAAAGGCAAAGAAGGAAAAGAAGAAAAGGGAGAAGGCGGAGGUCCGUCCGAGAGGGAACCUGUUUGGAGAGAUGGCACAGCUCGCCAUGGGGGGACCGGAGAAAGACACCAUCUGCGAGCUGUGUGGGGAGUCCCACCCUUACCCGGUCACCUACCAUAUGAGACAGGCCCACCCAGGCUGUGGACGCUACGCCGGCGGCCAGGGCUACAACAGUAUUGGCCACUUCUGUGGCGGUUGGGCUGGGAACUGUGGUGACGGCGGCAUAGGAGGCAGCACCUGGUACCUAGUCUGUGAUCGUUGUCGAGAGAAAUACCUGAGAGAGAAACAGAGUGCUGCCAGAGAGAAGGUCAAACAGUCGAGGAAGAAGCCUCUGCAAGUGAAGACUCCACGGGCUUUGCCCACCAUGGAGGCCCACCAGGUGAUCCGGGCCAAUGCUUUGUUCCUCCUGUCCCUCAGCAGUGCUGCUGAACCCAGCAUGCUGUGCCACCACCCCCCCAGACCGCUGCACUCCCAGCUGCUCCCCAGUCUCAAGGAAGGAGUGUCGGAUGAACUUCCAAAUAAAAUAGGCUGUCUGUACCUGCAGACGCUAGCAAGGCAACACACAGAAAACUUUGGUGGCUACCAAGACGAUAACCUCUUCCAGGAUGAGAUGAGGUAUUUGCGCUCGACAUCUGUUCCUGCUCCCUACAUUUCAGUCACCCCUGACGCAUGCCCCAAUGUGUUUGAGGAACCAGAGAGUAACAUGAAGUCGAUGCCUCCCAGGCUUUCUUUCAGUCUCGAGACCAGUCCAAUCACAGACAGCGACACAACCAAGCGCACCGUGUUUCAAAGGUCUUACUCAGUCGUCGCCUCCAAGUACGACAAGCAACACUCGCCCUCUCCAGCCCGUGUUAAAGCUGUGCCUCGGCGCAGAGUCCAUAGUGGUGAUGCAGAAGUGGGCUCUUCUCUGUUGAGACACCCGUCUCCAGAGCUGUCCCGGCUGAUCUCAGCCCACGGGUCGCUCAGUAAGGGGGAGAGGAACUUCCAGUGGCCUGUCCUGGCUUUUGUCAUUCAGCACCACGAUCUGGAGGGUCUGGAGGUGGCCAUGAAGCACGCACUGAGGAAGUCCGCUUGCAGGGUGUUUGCCAUGGAGGCGUUCAACUGGCUCCUGUGCAAUGUGAUCCAGACCACCUCUUUGCACGACAUUCUUUGGCAUUUUGUAUCAUCUCUCACUCCAUCACCUUUUGAACCCGAAGAUGAGGAAGACGAUGAAAACAAGGGCAACAAAGAAAAUGUGGAACAGGAAAGAGACCUCGGCGUCUGUGAACACCCUCUGUCAGAUAUCGUCAUUGCAGGGGAGGCCGCUCACCCUCUCCCUCACACCUUCCACCGUCUGUUACAGACUAUCUCUGACCUUAUGAUGUCACUUCCUAGUGGCAGUUCACUCCAGCAGAUGGCACUUAGGUGCUGGAGUCUCAAGUUCAAGCAAUCGGACCACCAGUUCCUCCACCAGAGCAACGUUUUCCAUCACAUUAACAACAUCCUGUCUAAGUCAGACGACGGGGACAGCGAGGAGAGCUUCAACAUUAGUGUGCAGUCAGGCUAUGAGGCAAUGAGCCAGGAUCUGUGUCUGGUGACCUGUCUGAAGGACUUGACCAGUGUAGUGGACAUCAAGACAUCCAGUCGUCCCGCCAUGAUUGGAAGCCUCACAGAUGGCUCCACAGAGACCUUCUGGGAAUCUGGAGAUGAGGACAAGAACAAAACCAAAAGCGUCACCAUCAGCUGUGUGAAAGGCAUAAAUGCCUCCAACGUGUCGGUUCAUGUGGACAACUCCAGAGAUAUUGGGAACAAAGUGACAUCCGUGACCUUCCUCUGUGGUAAAGCAAUAGAAGACCUGUGCAGAAUUAAACAGGUUGACCUUGACUCGCGACACAUGGGUUGGGUGACAAGUGAGCUUCCUGGAGGAGAUCAUCAUGUGAUCAAAGUGGAACUGAAAGGUCCCGAAAACACCCUCCGAGUCCGCCAGGUGAAGGUCCUGGGCUGGAAAGAGGGCGAGAGCAUCAAGAUUCCAGGACAGAUCUCAGCCAGCAUGGCCCAGCAGAAGAACUGUGAGGCCGAGACUCUCAGAGUUUUCCGCCUCAUCACCUCACAGGUCUUUGGAAAAUUAAUCAGUGGAGAUGCAGAACCAACACCAGAACAGGAAGAGAAAAACCUGCUUUCAUCACCAGAGGGAGAAGACAAGGUACCUUCUGAUGCAGACCUUAAAGAGCAUAUGGUUGGCAUUAUUUUCAGCAGAAGCAAACUGACCAACCUGCAGAAACAGGUGUGUGCACACAUUGUCCAGGCCAUUCGUAUGGAGGCGACGCGCGUGAGGGAGGAGUGGGAGCAUGCCAUUUCCAGCAAGGAGAACGCCAACUCGCAGCCCAGCGAUGAUGACGCAUCUUCGGAUGCCUACUGCUUUGAGCUCCUGUCCAUGGUCCUGGCUCUGAGCGGCUCCAACGUGGGCCGACAGUACCUUGCUCAGCAGCUUACACUCUUGCAAGACCUGUUUUCUCUGCUGCACACAGCUUCCCCACGAGUACAGAGACAGGUAACGUCACUGCUUAGACGCGUCCUUCCAGAGGUGACACCUGUGCGGCUUGCCAGCAUCAUCGGGGUGAAGGCUCUGCCACCAGCAGACAUCAGUGACAUCAUCCACUCCACAGAGAAGGGAGACUGGAAUAAGCUCUGCAUCCUUGACAUGUUCCUGGGCUGCAUUGCAAAGGCCCUCACUGUGCAGCUGAAAGCCAAAGGCACCACCAUUUCUGGCACAGCCGGCAUGGCUGCAGGGAAAGGGGUCACCACUGUGACGCUGCCCAUGAUCUUCAACUCCAGCUACAUUCGAAGGGGGGAGAGCCACUGGUGGAUGAAAGGGUCCACUCCUCCUCAGAUUGCAGAGAUCAUCAUAAAGCUGGUUAAAGACAUGGCAGCUGGCCACCUUUCAGAUGCUUGGUCUAGAGUCACCAAAAAUGCAAUAGCUGAAACCAUCAUAGCGCUGACCAAAAUGGAGGAGGAGCAUCGGUCACCUGUUCGCUGUAUCGCUACCACAAGGCUGUGGCUGGCCUUGGCCUCACUGUGUGUGCUAGACCAGGACCAUGUUGACAGGCUGUCCUCUGGCCGCUGGAUGGGUAAAGAUGGCCAGCAGAAGCAGAUGCCCAUGUGUGACAAUCAUGAUGACGGAGAGACAGCAGCCAUCAUUCUGUGCAACAUUUGUGGAAAUCUCUGCACGGACUGUGAUCGCUUCCUCCACCUUCAUAGACGCACACGCUCUCACCAGAGACAGGUUUUCAAGGAGGAGGAGGAGGCCAUUAAGGUGGAUCUGCAUGAAGGAUGUGGGAGGACCAAGCUCUUCUGGCUCAUGGCUCUGGCUGACUCAAAGACUAUGAAGGCUAUGGUGGAGUUCAGGGAGCACACAGGUAAACCAGCGUCCAGCAGCUCAGACGCCUGUAGGUUCUGUGGCACAAGGAAUGGCACAGAGCUGUCGGCAGUGGGCAGCGUUUGUUCAGACGCAGACUGCCAGGAGUAUGCUAAACUGGCCUGUAGCAAGACUCACCCUUGUGGACACCCCUGUGGAGGAGUUAAGAAUGAAGAGACCUGUCUCCCUUGUCUUCAUGGCUGUGACAAGAACACUGGGUGUCUUAAACAGGAUGCAGAUGACAUGUGCAUGAUCUGCUUCACAGAGGCCCUCUCUGCUGCUCCCGCCGUACAGCUGGACUGCACCCACGUGUUUCACCUGCAGUGCACUCGUCGCGUUCUUGAAAACCGCUGGCUUGGGCCCCGCAUCACAUUUGGGUUCAUGCUGUGUCCCAUUUGCAAGAACAAAAUCAAUCACUCCGUUAUCAAGGACCUGCUUGAUCCCAUCAAAGAGCUCUAUGAGGAUGUGAGGAGAAAGGCACUGAUGAGGCUCGAGUACGAGGGUCUGCAUAAAAGCGAGGCCAUAACUACACCAGGAGCACGCUUCCACAACGACCCUGCAGGCUUUGCAAUGAACAGAUAUGCAUACUAUGUGUGCUACAAGUGCAAAAAGGCCUACUUUGGAGGGGAAGCUCGCUGUGACGCAGAGGCAGGACAGGGAGAUGACUACGACCCCAGUGAGCUGAUCUGUGGAGCAUGCUCAGAUGUCUCCAGGGCUCAAAUGUGCUCUAAACAUGGCACAGAUUUCCUCGAGUAUAAAUGUCGGUACUGCUGCUCAGUGGCAGUUUUCUUUUGCUUUGGCACCACACACUUCUGCAACGCCUGCCACGAUGACUUCCAGAGGAUGACCAGUGUCCCCAAAGAAGAACUGCCCCAUUGUCCUGCAGGGCCCAAGGGCAAGCAGCUGGAGGGCACAGAGUGCCCUUUGCAUGUGGUUCACCCACCAACAGGGGAGGAGUUUGCCCUGGGUUGUGGGGUGUGCAGAAAUGCCCACACCUUCUAAGCAAGGAGACUUUUACUGGAAACCAGUUUGUCUACUGUGAUUUACUGGCUGCUGCGGACGCUCAGCCGUGAAAAGCUUGGCUCAUGCAUUGCCAAGCCUCCUGGACACUGGACCAGGGUUGUGCUCUACACGAGACUCUGCAGGUCUGCUCUCCUACCAACGUCAGUACCCGGGAUGUCCUGCAAACUGUGGCUGUGUGAGCUGUACGAGGGGUGGGUUCAGAGUAACCUGAAUGAAAAAAGAACAAUAGAAUUUAAACAAAAAAAAAGAAAAAAAGUAAAUACCUUGUGACGUGUUUGCAUGCGGCCGUUGUACUCCCUCGGCUUCUAUAGACGUUGCACAACUCCCGAUCUCUGAAGUUUAUCAAUACCAGAUUGAAGAUAUGAAAUGAAUUUGCUCAAAGGAUCAGCGUGGGUUUAAAAAAAAGGAACAGGCCGUAUUUUCAGCUUCCUAACUAUAAAAUAUUGUUUUAUGUAAACCUUUUUCGUAAGCUUGUACAGUAUUCUCCGCUGUCAAGUGCAUCAUGGGUUGACAGAGAAAAAAACAGGAGUUGGUGGAUAAGACUGUUAAGAAUAUUAUGUUUGGGAGGAAAAUAGUGUACGAUUUAUCUUAUCUUGUAUAUAAUGAUACUAUUAAAACUAGCUGUAUUCUGAAAUUG